CUUAUUCUCACGGUCAGAUAAUGUUCCAACAGAGUUAUUUGGUACCUCAACCAGCGAUUUCUCAUAAUUUCUUCACCAGCCAAACAUUCGCCUCUCCCACCUCUUCCGUGCUUCGUCUCGGACGCACGCUGACGCUCUCCCUGGCUUUCGGGAUCGCCUUCUCUUCCGCCUGGAGUCCUUCGUCCACUGCUGCUUCCCCCAUGACGACGACGACAACAACAACACUCGAAGCGUCUCUCCCGCUCGAGUUGCUCGCGGAAACCGCCAACUCUUUCGCCUCCGCGCACGGCUUGCAGAUCGAAAAACGUCGCGACGACGGCUCCUCGAUCUUUGAAUGCGCCCCUAUUUCACUCCUACCCAACGCCUAUCCCCGCGCCGCAUUCCGGCAAGCUCAAACCGUCGCGCCGUACUUUAACACUCUCGUGGAUCGUAUAUCCCGAGAUUCCGGAUUCUUGACCGACACCCUCGGUGGGGCCGUCGCUCAGGCCGAUCCCUUCACGGCUCAACUACUCCGACUCUACCAGCAAAUAUACGGUGCCGACGAAAACCACACGGACCGCACCUUUGCCCAACGAGCCGAUCGACUCGGGAUACACCGCUCCGAUUACAUGUUGCACGAAAACAACGCUAUUAAGCAGGUCGAGCUUAAUACGAUUGCGUCCAGCUUUGGGGCCCUCGGGGCCCAGGUCGCCCGCCUCCACCAGCAUUUGGUCACCCGCUGGGACGACGGCGUUCCGGAUAAUCCAACGUUGGAACGCUUGCCACUCGCUAUGAAGAUUGCCCUGGAUCGCUUUGAACGGCGGCACCGCGACGACAACGACAACAAUAGCAUGGUGGGAAAGACCUCCGUCUUAUUUGUGGUACAAGAAGGUGAGUCCAACACGGUGGAUCAGCGCAUGCUCGAAUUUCGACUCUGGCAGGACCACAAGAUCCCCGUGCUGCGACGGACUCUCACAAAACUGGGGCAAGUCGCGCGGGUGGACCCAACGACCGGUAUUUUGUACGUGGACGACGAACCCAUUUCGGUAGUGUACUUUCGUGCGGGAUACGCCCCGACGGAUUAUCCCGACGGCGACGCCGGGGUGGAGUGGCAAGCGCGGGCGACGCUUGAACAAUCCAUCGCCACCAAAUGCCCUUCGUUGGGGUACCACCUGGCGGGCACCAAAAAGGUCCAACAAGAACUGGCCCGCGUCCAAGUGUUGGAACGCUUCUUCCCCGACGACGCUGAAGCCGUCACGAAGAUGCGUGAGGCCUUUGCCGGUCUGUAUUCUCUCGGAGACGACGCAUCGGCCGAAGAUCUUGCCGCCAUCCGGGCCGUGCUGGACGAAGGAGCCGCCGGACGCUUUGUGUUGAAACCGCAACGUGAAGGCGGUGGCUACAACUUUUACGGCGAACGCCUCGCCGCCAAACUCCGGGAAAACGUUGUCCGCGACGACGCCAACCCCGAAACGAUGGUUUUGGACGCCAAACUCGGUGAAUACAUUCUCAUGGAACGACUCUUCCCCCCGACCCAGCGUGCCGUGCUUUUGCGUUCCGGUCGCGUGGAAGGCACGGGGGAUAGCGUUUCCGAAUUUGGAUGCUUCGGAACCAUUGUGUGCGACGCGGACGGUACCGUCGUGCACAACGAGUACGCCGGCUUUCUCCUGCGGACUAAAUUUGCCAACGUGGACGAGGGCGGCGUCGCCUCGGGCUUUGCCACUUUGUCGAGUCCGUAUCUUUGCUAACUUAUUCACGUACACACAC